UGCUUAGAACAUUCUUCUCGUCCUACUAGCACUUUGUGGGUUAAUAUGUUAGCUAGAGGUGGUCAGGGUGUCAGGAAAAGUGCCAUUGGGCAACGAAUAAUAGCGAUUUUACCAUACAUUAAACAAGAAAUUCCUAUUAUGAUUGUAUUUCGGGCAUUGGGUUUUGUUGCCGAUAGAGAUAUUUUGGAACAUAUAAUAUAUGACUUUGAAGAUCAGGAAAUGAUGGAAAUGGUAAAGCCGUCAUUAGAUGAAGCUUUUGUCAUUCAGGAACAAAAUGUUGCUUUGAACUUUAUUGGGUCACGUGGAGCCAGACCCGGAGUUACAAAAGAAAAGCGUAUCAAAUAUGCUAGAGAAAUUUUGCAGAAAGAAAUGUUGCCUCAUGUUGGCGUUAGUGACUUCUGUGAAACCAAAAAAGCAUACUACUUAGGGUAUAUGGUUCAUCGUCUCCUCUUAGCUGCACUUGGUAGAAGAGAAUUAGAUGACAGGGAUCAUUAUGGGAAUAAACGUCUGGACUUAGCUGGCCCUCUUCUUGCUUUUCUGUUCCGCGGUCUCUUUCGCACUCUAACUAAAGAAGUUAGGCUUUAUGCUCAGAAAUUUAUUGACCGUGGGAAGGAUUUCAAUUUGGAGUUGGCAAUAAAGACCAGAAUAAUAACUGAUGGCCUAAGAUAUUCUCUUGCUACAGGUAAUUGGGGAGAUCAAAAGAAGGCCCAUCAAGCCAGAGCUGGUGUGUCUCAGGUAUUGAAUAGAUUAACAUUUGCUUCAACUUUGUCCCAUUUGAGACGUGUAAAUUCUCCAAUUGGAAGAGAUGGUAAAUUAGCAAAGCCUCGCCAGUUGCACAAUACCUUGUGGGGUAUGAUAUGUCCAGCAGAAACACCAGAAGGCCAUGCUGUAGGACUCGUAAAAAAUCUUGCUUUAAUGGCAUACAUCUCGGUAGGCUCACAGCCAUCUCCUAUUUUAGAGUUUUUGGAAGAAUGGAGUAUGGAAAAUCUUGAGGAGAUUGCUCCAUCUGCAAUUGCCGAAGCGACUAAGAUAUUUGUGAAUGGUUGUUGGGUUGGUAUUCACCGAGAUCCAGAUCAAUUAAUGAACACUCUGCGGAAGCUUCGCAGACAGAUGGAUAUCAUAGUAUCUGAGGUCUCGAUGGUAAGAGACAUUCGUGAUCGUGAAAUACGAAUUUAUACUGAUGCUGGUAGAAUUUGCAGACCUUUGUUAAUAGUUGAAAAUCAAAAACUCUUGUUAAAGAAGAGACAUGUUGAUCGACUUAAGGAAAGAGAAUAUAACAAUUAUAGUUGGCAAGAUCUUGUUGCCAAUGGUGUUGUUGAAUACAUUGACACUUUAGAAGAAGAGACAGUGAUGCUUGCAAUGACGCCUGACGAUCUUCAGGAAGACAAGGGCCAAGCAUAUUGUUCCACAUAUACUCAUUGUGAAAUCCAUCCAUCCAUGAUGCUGGGUGUUUGUGCCUCCAUUAUUCCUUUCCCUGAUCAUAACCAGUCUCCUCGUAACACUUAUCAGUCUGCUAUGGGUAAGCAAGCUAUGGGUGUGUAUAUAACAAACUUUCAUGUUCGAAUGGAUACAUUGGCCCAUGUGUUAUACUACCCUCAGAAGCCUUUGGUCACUACAAGGUCAAUGGAGUAUCUGCGUUUCCGAGAAUUACCUGCUGGAAUUAAUUCUAUUGUUGCAAUUUUGUCAUAUACUGGAUAUAAUCAAGAAGACUCUAUAAUUUUAAAUGCAUCUGCAAUUGAUAGAGGAUUUUUUAGAUCUGUAUUCUAUCGAGCUUAUAAAGAUGCAGAGCAAAAGCAAAUUGGUGAUCAGGAGGAGCAAUUUGAAAAACCUACUAGAGAAACUUGCCAAGGUAUGCGAAAUGCUAUUUAUGAUAAAUUGGAUGAUGAUGGAAUUAUUGCACCUGGUACCAGAGUUUCAGGAGAAGAUGUAAUAAUUGGUAAAACAAUUACUCUGCCAGAAAAUGAUGAUGAGCUUGAAGGUACCACAAGACGUUUUACUAAACGAGAUGCUAGUACUUUUCUGAGAAACAGUGAAACUGGAAUAGUUGAUCAAGUUAUGCUAACUCUGAAUUCUGAUGGCUACAAAUUUUGCAAAAUUCGUGUGCGUUCUGUACGUAUUCCUCAGAUUGGAGACAAAUUUGCCUCAAGACAUGGGCAAAAAGGCACAUGUGGUAUAACAUAUCGACAAGAGGAUAUGCCUUUUACUGCUGAAGGUCUGACACCUGAUAUAAUUAUAAAUCCUCAUGCUAUUCCUUCUCGUAUGACUAUUGGCCAUUUAAUUGAAUGUCUUCAAGGGAAAGUUUCAGCUAACAAAGGCGAAAUAGGUGAUGCUACACCUUUCAAUGACACAGUAAAUGUGCAAAAAAUAUCAAAUCUUCAAGAAUAUGGCUAUCAUCUAAGAGGAAAUGAGGUCAUGUACAAUGGACAUACUGGAAGAAAAAUCAAUGCGCAAAUUUUCUUGGGACCUACUUAUUAUCAAAGAUUAAAACACAUGGUAGAUGAUAAAAUACAUUCAAGAGCAAGAGGUCCUGUUCAGAUAUUAGUACGACAGCCUAUGGAAGGAAGAGCCAGGGAUGGAGGAUUACGAUUCGGUGAAAUGGAACGAGAUUGUCAGAUUGCCCAUGGAGCUGCUCAGUUCCUUCGGGAACGUCUGUUUGAAGUUUCUGAUCCAUAUAGAGUUCAUGUUUGCAACCUUUGUGGCCUCUUUGCUAUUGCUAAUCUAAAAAACAAUACAUUUGAAUGCAGAGGAUGCAGGAAUAAAACACAGAUCUCUCAAAUUACAAUCCCCUAUGCUUGCAAGCUGCUUUUCCAAGAAUUAAUGUCAAUGUCAAUUGCUCCACGAAUGAUGGUGACUUGAUUGCUAAACUUGAACUUCAAAGUUCAUUUUAAUAUUUUUUUUAAAGUUAUAUCCUUAUUAAAUCACACACACACAUAUAUAUAUAAACUUAAAUAUAGAACUGAUUGUCAUUUUAUUUACUACAAUUUGUGCUGUAUUGUUUGAAAAAUAUUGAUAUUGAAAAAUUUGAGCAGUUAUUUUAUAUCUGUUUCCUUGUUAUAAACUUUCAUUCCAGAUUAGUAUUACUGUAAUAAAGGAGUUACAAACUUAAAAAAUGUUUGCUGCCAAAAUAAAUGAAAUAUAAUUUACGUACGCAGUUUACUUCUGAGAUUUGAUAUUAUUUUGAUGCAAUGAAAUUGACAUGUGAGGAUAAAAAUAAUAUGAACGAUGAACUUUGAAUAGUUUUAAAUUAUGACAAUUAUCUAUAUUUUUCAAGCUAUACAUCUGAGAUGCUUAAAUGUAAAACACAGAAAUGUAGUUUUUUCUUAUUCAUAAAGUGAAUAUUUACAUAAUUUGUAUUUUUAUUAUUUCAUAUGAGAAGAAAUGUAUAUUGCUUAUAUCUGAAAUUAGAAUAAAUCUCCAAAAUGAUAAAAUUCUUAUAUCUUGAAAUGCAGUUUUUUUUUGGUAAUUUUUUCUGUUGGAUAAAUAUUGUAUUAUCUCAAAUAAUAGUUAUUGAUGAUCAGUCUAAUAAAUCACUCUUUAUUUAUUGUUCGAAACAUGGAAAAUAUUUCACACAUUUAACUGCUUGAUUAAUACCUUGGUUGUGUGUGCUUGUUGAAUCCUAGUAAGUUAAUGUCUUCCCUGUUUCCAAAGAUGUAACCUCCCCCCCCUCCCAACAAAAACAGACAAUGUUGAUAUUAAGCUGAAUAAAGAAUUACCAGAAAAUCAAAAAACUGAUUACCUUAUUCUUCUCAUAUGCUUUGAAUGUUGUAACUUCAAAGUGUUUAAAAUAUAUAUAUAUAUAUAUUGCAUAUCUGCAAAAGCCUGCAUAGAUAUAAUUACUUGACUGUUUUAAAAGAUUUCUUAUUUUAAUGGUAAAAAAUAUUCAAACAAGUUAAUAUGUUUUAAUUUCCAUUCAUAAUUAAUGUAAUUGUUGUAUAUAAAGCAUUUUAGCAACUAAUUAAAACUACAGUGUGAUUAUAAGGAUGAAUGUACAGGUUAUUGUUAAACAUUCACACUUUUUUCAUUAGAAAUAGCUUUGUAUUUGUCAAUGAUUUAAUAUUCAUAAUUUAUUUUGAUCACAGUUUUGAUUUUCUAUAGAAAAUGGCUAUAUAAGAAAAUGUUAUAUGGCCAAAUUAUUUCAGGCAUCUUUGUAAGUUUUAUUUUCAAUAUGUUAAUGUCUCUAACUUAUUGUUUCAAAAAUCAUGAUUAUUUAUGCCAAUAGUGCACAUUUAAUUUUUUAUUAAAGUUUUUUUGGUUAUAAGUUUUAAUCUUCUUAAAAAAACUUUAGAUCAUAAUGUGUGGAAAAACAGGAAUGUGCAUGAUUUUAAGAAAAAUUAAUAGCUUCAAGAUAUUUGGAACGUUUCACCUUGCCAGAACCCUCUUGAAUCACAGGAGUGAAAAUAAAAUAAUUUUUUAUAUAA